CCAACGCGCCGAGAGCGCAGAUAUGGAGGAGCUCCGUAGAGUGCCGCUAAACGACCCUGAUUCUCUGCUACCCGGAGGCUUCUGGGCCGCCGUGACCGUGUGGCUGGAGAGGCCACAGGUGGCCAACAAGAGGCUGUGUGGCGCCCGCAUGGAAGCCCGCGGGAGAACUUUGCGGCCCAGCGCCCAGGCGGAGUGUGGACCGCGGCAGGGACAGGGGCACGGGCUGGAGAGGGAACCGGGACGGGGAUCUAGGGCGGACCGCGAAGGCACCGCUCCCGCGGCUGACCUGGACUUGCUAUGGAACCGAGUCUCCCAAAGCCUCGUCCACUCCAAUCCGGAAAUACUGGCCUUCUAUGGCCCCUCGUUGGGUUCUCCUCCUGAAGCCGCGCAGGAGCUCGACCUGGUUCUCAGAACGGUCAUCCCGAAAGCGAGCCCUCACUUCCCCCUUACAGAGCCGAAGAAAGAACUGGUGGUGCAAGAUGUUUCCAGUGGGAGUGUCACCUUUUUGCCCUUGGAAGAAGAUAAUGAGGGGAAUUUGGAGGUUAAAAUGAGCAAUGUGUAUCAGCUCUGUCUCCAUCACAGGGAAGGAGAAUGGUUCAUAUCUGUUUUAAUUUUCUGUCCAGAGAGGUGGCAUUCGGAUGGUGUUGUCUACCCCAAGCCUGCCUGGCUUGCAGAAGAACUGCUGUCCAAGCUGGCCAGGUGGGCAGUGGAGAACAGGAAGAGCGAGUUUAAAAGCACACUUUCCCUGGUCUCUGUCCUGCCCUAUAGCAGGAUGUACCAGGAGCUCAAAGAGAAGUACAGAGACAUGGUAAAGGUUUGGCCUGAAGUAACCGAUCCUGAAAAGUUUGUAUAUGAAGACGUGGCCAUUGCUACGUACCUGUUGAUCCUAUGGGAAGAGGAAAGGGCUGAGAAGGGCAUCACCACCAAGCAGUCUUUCGUGGACCUGGGGUGUGGAAAUGGCCUUCUGGUCCACAUCCUGAGCAACGAGGGGCAUCCAGGCAGAGGGAUUGAUGUCCGAAGAAGAAAAAUCUGGGACAUGUAUGGACCCCAAACUCAGCUGGAGGAAGGUUCCAUCACUCCAAGUGACAAGACACUGUUCCCUGGUGUUGACUGGCUGAUUGGUAACCAUUCUGAUGAGCUCACCCCCUGGAUCCCUGUCAUUGCAGCCAGGUCUUCCUAUACCUGUCGGUUCUUCGUCCUGCCCUGCUGUUUUUUUGACUUUGUAGGGCGAUACCGGCGGCGGCAGAGCAAGAAGACACAGUACCGAGAGUACCUGGACUUCGUGCUGGAGGUGGGGCUCUCCUGUGGCUUCCACGUACAGGAGGACUGCCUCAGGAUUCCGUCUACCAAGCGGGUCUGCCUCAUUGGGAAAUCCAGAACAUACCUGCCUUCUGCAGAGGUCUGGAUGGAUGAGCAGAGAACACGAUACCUGCACAGCAGACAGGGCCUUCCACAGAGCCUGCCUGGUGGGGGACAUGCACCUUCUGUACCCCAGACUGCUGCUCACGAUGACGAUGCUGGUCACCAGGACAGUCACAGGACCUUUGAUGCUGGUCACCAGGACAGUCACAGGACCUUUGAUGCUGAGGCUGAGUGCAUGCCAGAGGGCCUGGCUGCUGAGCGAGGAACAGGAGCCCCAGCCACAGGACUCUGGGUGCCUGGGUUCUGCCCUAGAGAAAAGGCUGAGCGUGUGAGGAAUUGUGCUGCCCUCCCUCGAGACUUCAUUGACCAAGUGGUUUUACAGGUGGCAAACUUGUUGUUAGAUGGAAAGAGGUUCAACACGGGAAACUCUGAAGCCGGGAGUCUGAAGACCUGGAAUGGAGGAGGGAGCCUUUCCUUGGCAGAAGUGGCUGCAGAACUAAACUCAGAAACGCUGCAGCAGCUGAAGCGGGAGUGUGGAGGCCUACAGACCCUGCUCAGGAAUAGCCAUCAGGUAUUUGAAGUUCUGAAUGGGCGAGUUCACAUCCGUGACUGGCGGCGGGAGCUGCAGAGGGAAAAGCCUCCAGAAGCCAAGCGGAGCCUGUCUGCAGAGGUGUUCAAGACUCGAAUCUGCUGGUUCUUCACUCACCACCCUGAUGGCUGUGUACUGCCUGCUGCCCGUUGCCCCUUUGCACAUGGGCUGGAAGAGCUGCGCCCGUCUCAGACCUUGAAGAAGCAGAGGCAGGCUCCCUGAGUCACCUCUUCAGUGUUCUCUAGCUGUUGGGUUCUGUGGCUCUCCUGCCUGUCUCCCUUAUCCUGAUGACAUCAUGUUGGGACUGGGUUGGCUUCAGUCUGACCUGUUGGUAUGCAGAGCCACUGUCAGUCACUGGUACAUGCGGGCUGUGGACUGCUCUGAUGCCAGAGCCACCAUGUCAACCUCUGCAAAAAUGACCUCAUUCCCGGGACUGUGUGCCCCAAGUCUCCUCUGCCGAGGAGCUCUCUGCUCACGGGAUCCCUGUAAGCAGAGGCACAGGGCUUUCUGAGGUCCUUAUUGGAGUCCUACAGCUUCCAGAGUCACCCCUAGCCACCUGAGUUCGAGGCAUGACUCAGUGAGCAUUGCCUCCGCCUUAUCCUUCUCUUUAGAACAUUCUCCCCAGAAGUGUGGGACAGUUUUUCCUUUCAGGAAACAUUAUUUCCGUUUAAGUUUGUUUUCAGUUUUAAACAAAAAGGAGCGUUCACUGCAUCUCAGCUGAAUGUCCUGGGGACCAGUCUCUGAAACCCCCCAUGUGGUAGAAGUAUUUGUGGUGACCAACCUGGUGUCAUCUGAGUGGUGAGAAUAAAGUCAUUUAUUCUGAAGA